AUGGAUUCCUCUGAGGCUGCCCUCCAAACCAAAUUUAGGAUAAAGCCCCUCUCAUGUGGGCUUGCAAUUCUCUCUGUCUAUGACAAUGGAUCUGUCUUAAGCCCAGAGGUGCUCAACCUCACGGAGGAAGACCUUGUUGACAAGUUUGCAGCUGGUGUUGCUAUGGUUGCUUCGCUAUCCUUCGCUCUCUGUUACCCAACUCUUGCAGCGGCGCUUCACAUGUUCGUCAAUACCUACAAGAACAUCCUUGUUGUUGUUGUUAUCUCUAUUGUAUCUGUUGAGAAGGUUGUUGCUCUUGCCUCUAAGGAAGAAAGGACGAGCCUGUCGGUGAUUCUGACGAUGACUGGGGAUUUAGUUUGUUCGACUAAGUUUAUUGUCAUCAAAACUCAAAAGCUAUCUUGUUUGGUUCGAGGAAAAAGAAUUUCAUCAUUCCAACAACCAAGUUCACAAUGUCUUCAAAUCAGACGAAGUGAAUAA